ACACGCACACACACAUCACGGAAGCGCUGCUGCAGUUCACAGCUGAUGACAAACUGUUUGUUGUUCUGUGAUUUAGAACUGCCUCGGAAUUUGGGCGCAAUGAUACUCUUCUGUUCUACAAGCGAACCUUAAAUAGCAUCAGAUGGGGCGUGAGCUUUAGUUUCAUCCUGGAGGAACCGAGAGGUGUGGGCUUCUGCUGCAGUUUAGAUGCGACCACAGUAUCAUCCUGUUCGGUACUGUGUACUUGUUUGCAUUGUAUUGUAUUUCAUUGUAUCAUACUGGAUCAAUUCCUACUGAACAGUUCAAGGAAGUUGGAUACGGAGCAAUGAGUACAGUAAAAUGAAGUGUCUUUUGGUAGCCAAUGAGAGCGCAGAGGUUCUGUUCUACUGGACUGACACCGAGUUCGAGCAGCAGAUUCAGGAGCAGUAUGGAGUUUCCCAGGAGGAAGGAGAACGACCGCCUGAGUUUGAAGACAGUAUUAACACACUCUUCGCACCCAUCAUCAUCUCCUGUAGCACCAUGGUGGACCGCCUCGGGGACAAUUACACCUCCUUCAGCACAGAAAACAAUCAUAUCUAUGUUCUGCAUCAGUUUGAUGAAUGUCUGUAUAUUGCUGUGAAUGGAGACGGAGAUGAGACAGAAGAGGAUUUGAAGAGAAAGAUCUAUGUGAUGAAGAAACUCACAGAAGUCAUGUUUGGCAUGGUGACCCUCAGCGGUGCCCUCUUGAGGAAAGAAUUGCGCCCUCAAGAUACAGAGCAAAGAAACCGUUUGUGGAAGAAGCUACGGAGCCUCUUAGAAACAUACAGCCGCUUACGAGAGAAUGACCAAAGCUUUUUAGUGGAGGCAGUGGAAAGGUUGAUCCACCCGACCCUUUGUGAGCAGUGCAUUGAGUUUCUAGAGCGUCGACUGGUGCAGCAGAUCAACAACAACAUGGACAGAGCGGGUGAGGAGGUGUUGCAUGCUUUUAUACUGGUGCACACCAAACUGCUGGCCUUCUACUCCAGUCGAAAUGCCAGCAAUCUGUACCCCUCUGAUCUUCUGGCUCUGAUCAUCCUGGUGCAGGAUCUCUAUCCUAGCAAAAUCGACCUAGAUGACACUUCUGAGGAGUUAGAGAGCAGUUCAGUUCCUGAUGUAUUCUACACACCUGAGCCCUCUCCUCCUGAACGGGAAUCAGUCCGACUGAGAGGUGACAGUCCUCCUGUCUUCCAGUUUGUAGAUCCUGACGUUCAGAUGGCAGAGGACAGUCUGCAAACUCUUGAAGUUCCAACCCCUGACCCUUCAGCCCCAUCCAGAGUAUUCCUGGAAGCCAAAGAGUGUCCCAUGAUGCCUCACUCCAUGUAUUGCCUACCUCUCUGGCCGGGAAUAACUCUAGUUCUGCUCAACAAGAUUCCCAACAGUCAUGUGGCAGUGUCUGUUUACUACUUUCUGGAAGCCUUCGUGAAGCUGGAGAAGAGGUUAUCUGAGGGGCAUGAAGGGGCUGCGGCCAUGCGGGGUCAGCCCUCUGUCCAGGAGCAGCGGAGCAGAUUGGAGAAGUGCAUCAAAUCCUGGGCCGGCAUGGACAUUCAGACCUUACAACUUCAAAAUGUGUGGACAGACUUUAAGAACAAGGCGUUCAGCAGAUCAGGAUGUGGAUUCACAAGAGAGUUGCUGCCCUCUUGUCGAAACAUGAAGACUCAGUUGUGUGGUGUGUACAAGCAGUUUUUUGCAGCUGAGUGCAUGGGCAGCAGUCAGCGAUUGGCACCGCAUCUGCAAGAACGAGCUCUAACCAUGGUCCAAGAGAAGUUGAUGGACUGGAAAGAUUUUCUGUUGGUGAAAAGCAAAAGAAAUAUCACAAUGGUGUCAUACCUGGAAGAGUUUCCUGGUCUCAUCCACUUCAUCUAUGUGGAUCGUUCAAAUGGUCAAAUGAUUGCACCCUCCCUAAAUGUGACUGAUCGCACCGUCUCUGAGCUCGGAAAGGGGCCUCUAGCUGACUUCGUAAAGAACAAGGUUUGGAGUCUUGUGGGAACAGCACAGCGGUACCUGCAAAAGGGUUACGCCACUGUCACACUCCGGGAUGGAGAUUAUUUCUACUGUUACUUCCUGUGGUUUGAAAAUGAAACGGGUUACAAACUGGAAGUGAUAGACAUACCCAGCACCCCAGAUGACGCCGCUCCAGUAGGAAUGCUCACCUGUGAUUAUUACAGGAAACUGCUGCGGUAUUACAGCAAAAAACAUCAGAAUGAAGUGGUGAAGUGUUAUGAACUGUUCACUGUGCAUCUGGGUGUGAUCCCCAAUGAAUAUAUUCUUCAACACUGCAGUCAGCUCGCCCGUAAGCUGUGGGAGCCCUCCCGUAUCCCGCUCCUGUGAUCAGCAUGGCUUUUAGAAGAUUAUGGUCCAUGCAGUCAUGUUCACUUUAUUCUGUAGUUGCAUGAUCUGUAAUCUACAUGGAGAGUUUUUUUUAACUUUCUUCACAAGCACUACUUAUUUCAAUUAAGGUAAUUGCAGAAAAUAUUGUGUCAGGAAACCAGUAAUUGCACUUCUUGCACUUCUUGUACAAUGAACUGAGUGAACUUUUUUAUGGUGCUUAUAAUGUAAAAAAUAUGUCUACACUACCAGUCUACAGUUUUUGAACAGUGAGAUUUUUUUUCUGUGAGUCUCUUCUGUAAUAUUGUGAAAUAUUUUUACUAUUUAUAUCUUUUCUAUUUGCAUAUAUUUUUAAAAUGCAGUUUAUUACUGUGAUUAAAGCUACAUUUUCAGCAUCAUUACUCCAGUCUUCAGUGUCACAUGAUCCUUCAGAAAUCAAUCAUCCUUCAUUCUAAUGUGCUGAUUUGCCAUUCAAGAAACAUUUUUUUUAUUAUUACUAUUAAAACAGUUGAGUACAUUUUUUUUCAGGAUUUUUUGAUGAACAGAAAUCAGCAUUUAUUUGAAAUAAAAAAAACUUUUGUAACAUUAUACACUAUACCGUUCAAAAGGAAUUAUAGAAAAUACUACUUUUAUUUAGCAGGGAUGCUUUAAAUUGUUUAAAAGUGAUAUUAAAGACAUUUAUAAAGUUACAAAUGAUUUCUAUUUAGAUAAACUUUCUAAUCAUCAAAUAAACCUGGAAAAAUUCUACUCAGCUGUUUUCAACCUAAUAAUAAAUAUUUUUUGAGCAGCCAAUCAGAAUAUUAGAAUUCUUUCUGGAGGAUCAUGUGACUGGGGUAAUGAUGCUAAAAAUCAGCUGUAAAAUCACAUGAAUAAAUUACAUUUUAAAAUAUAUUCAAGUAGUUAUUUUAAAUAGUAAAAAUAUUUCUAAAUGUUACUGUUUUUGCUUUACUUAGGAUCAGAUGAAUGCAGGCUUGGUGAGCAGAAGAGAAAAAACAUUUAAAAAUCUUACUGUUCAAAAACUUUUGACUAGUAGUGGAUGUCUGUAUGUCUAUAAUAAUGGAUUAUUUUUGGGAAACUAGGACCAAAUAUUAUAGAACAACACUCCUUUUUAAGAUGUUAUUACCAAGAUUUUAUUUAGUGUCUCUGCAAUGUUAGUUGCAUUAAGUACACUGUAAAAAACAAUUUGUUGAGUCAACUUAAAAUAAUUUGUAACCUGGCUGCCUUAAAUUUUUAAGUUCAGUCAACUCAAAAAAAAAGUUUAUUCAACUUGAAAUGUUAAAUUAUACUAAGUGACAACUUAGAUAUUUGAGUUGAAUCAACUUAAAAUUUUAAGGCAGCUGGGUUACUUACCCAUCUGUUAAGUUUAGCAAACAAAUAUCUAAGUUGUUACAUAGUCCAACUUAACAUUUCAAGUUGACUAAACUUAUUUUAGUUGACUGAACUUAAAAUUUUAAGGCAGCAGGGUAACAAAUUAUUUUAAGCUGACUCAACAAAUUGUGUUUUUUUUUUAUUUUUUACAGUGUAGCAGAUUUACAGUAAACCUUAUUUGAAAAAAUAAUCCAGAGGACAGUAUUUCAUAAUUAUUAAUGAUUAUGAACGAGCGUGACAACAAAUUUAGUAAAUAAAUUGCCAAGUUGAAGCUGAAAUAUACAAUCAAAGCAUUCUUAAAGAUUGUAGUUUUUUGUAUUUUUCUGACUUUGGUGCCCCCUACAGUUAAAUGUGUGAGCUUCACAGUCGUAAAUAUAUUCACCAUAAUUACAGCGAGUAAGUGUCUCCAAACUCAACAAACAUGGGAGUGUGGGAGUAAAGUAAUUCACCAGUCAGUGUACUAUCAGAAUGAUUUUAAAACGGAUAGAUAGAGAGACAGAUAUGACAUACACUUGCUUUAUAGGAGAGAGUUUAUUUUAUGCAGUAGUCAAAUAUAUGCAUUUCAUUACAAAAGCAGAAAUUUUCUUUUUCCAGUAUGUCAGCACUUUUUUUUAGCUGUAAUUUAUUUGUGAAUGUUGUGUUGCAGAAAUAAAACAAAACAGUCAAUAUAUUUGAACAUUAGUUCAGAGAUUAACUUAAUGCAGUAUAUAGAUAAUGAAAGUGCAUUUGUUUUUUUACCCUCUGCUUUAAGCUUUAAAAAUAUUUCACAGGACUGACUUUUAUCACA